UCGACGCCGCUCCCUCCAAAUUUCUGUUUAAUUAUUUUCUCUAUCAACUUCUAAUCUCUCCGAACCAGACAGCCAUGGACGUCCAAGCCUCAUCCAAGGGUGGCCGAGGCAGAACCAAGUCUUCCAAGUCCGUCUCAAGGUCUCAGAAAGCCGGUCUGCAGUUCCCCGUGGGCCGAGUCGCCCGGUACCUGAAAGUCGGUCGGUACGCUCAGAGGGUCGGCUCCGGUUCGCCUGUCUACCUUUCCGCGGUUCUCGAAUACCUCGCUGCUGAGGUUUUGGAGCUCGCUGGGAACGCUGCGAGGGACAAUAAGAAGACCAGGAUUGUUCCGAGGCACAUACAGCUAGCAGUGAGGAAUGAUGACGAGUUUAGCAAGCUUUUGGGGUCGGUUACGAUUGCAAAUGGUGGAGUUUUGCCGAACAUUCAUCAGAAUCUGUUGCCGAAGAAGAAUGGGAAGGGGAAGGGCGAGAUUGGAUCCGCAUCUCAGGAGUUUUAGGGGUUUUGCGUUAGGUUUUCUGGCAAGAUAGGCAGCAGGGAUAGGGGUUUUCUGAUCUUGUUCGUUUGUGUUGAAUCAUGGCGUUAAUAGUAUACGAUGAAGUUGGGUUUUGACACGUAAAUCUUCGCAUUUUGGAAACAUCUAGAUUUCCUUUCAGAUCAUAACACCCCUGUUUUGAGUUCUGUAAUGGGUUUCCUCUGAGCUCUUUUAAUGGAUCAUGGAUUUUUUUUUCCCUCUGCAAA